CGGAAUAUAUAAAAUUUCCCUUCCGAGUCACGUCGUAGCGGCGGAACCUCAACUCUUCUAAGUCUCUAACCAUCAACUUUGCCAAUUGCCAUGACUAUCUAAACUCAUCUAGCAGUAUUCAUAUAUACAGUUCUCUUAGCUUAGCCACCGGCCCACCACAAGCAUGAGCACAGAAAAAGAGUUGUCGCCAUUAGCUUCUGCUCCUUCUCCUCCAUGGGAUAUUUUAGAUUAUAUCCCCUACAACAAACUUAUCGCACUCUCUGUGUGCGUAGUCAUUAUUUGUGCAAUUGCAUUGGUACUCUUUACAAAAAAAUACAUUGAUAGCCAUGGAUUAACUCUUGCUUUUUGGGCGAUGAUGUUGUUUGGCAGUGAUGUUCUAGAUGCGUGGGAUGUUGUUUCAAUUACUGCUUAUAUAAUCUUUAUCCACAUAGUCGUCAACUUGCUAGGACUUGUUUAUUGGAUAAGUUUAGGUGUGGGACAUUACAAAAAGAAAAGCACAUGGCCUUCUAUUGACGUACUAUUCGAAAUCGGAGUCUGGUUUUUUAUGUUUAGUCUGAGCUGGCUUGAAUUCUCUAUUAGAGCAACGCUUAGAAACAACAAAUACUUUCGAGUUUAUCGUUGGUAUCCAAUUGCAAUAGCCUUUGUUUCUAUGGUAGAAAACUAUUGGAUGCGAAAUAGGGAAAUGAGAGUUGAUCAGUUGAAAUCACAAUUUAUUCAAACUUUGGAGGAUGCCUUCAAUGAUUUCAUAGAUGCUUGCAUGGAAGAAGCUCAAAUCGGUAAUAUUCCCUUCGAUCAAAAGGUGAAUGAUUUCACUGUUUCAGUAGCUCAGCAUCGAGAGGCCUUGAUAGUAGCGCAGCAACAGAUGGUUUGUUUGGACUUUUGAUGCAGUAACCUAACCGGCCGGUAGACAUCGAGGAGGGGCUCUGACAGUCAACUUGACGGAGAUAGGGAGGUACGGUGUUAGUGGUGCUUUUGGGACCUACGCUUAUGGGAACUGGAACUACUUUCACUGGAUAUUACUACGUAGUUUUUUUAUUCGAAAUUAUGACAUUCAUACAUAUAUGACAUCAUAUAUAUAAGUCAUACUCCAUAUAUUAAUAGUUUGUUAGUACUCCGUAAUUAUGUUCAAUUUUAGAUUGUGAUGAAAGUGAAGUUACACCUCCCCUAAUAACUUGAGACAAAUUUUUGUUUAUAGCUU